AUGAAAGAUCGCCUGACGCAGCUCGAAGAUCUCAUCAAAUCACAACGUGAGCUCGGUGUCGAGCACGGCAAAACAGAUGGCGAUAGCUCGACUGACUAUGUAGAUGGACCCGAAAUUCAACUCGAAGAAUCCCUGUUGGAAUUCAGCAGUCCUGCUCUCGAUAAUCCGGAAACAGGACCUGAAAUUGACCUGCGCGAGACUUUCUCAAGCAGCAUCGGCGACUCAACACAGCCAAAUGACGUCGACGAGGGUUUCGAGGAUGGCGACUUCAAAGGGGCAGCGUUCUUGUUGCAGCUGCCGAUUGUUCUGCCCCCGGCGCUCCAAGCGUGGGAUCUUCUGCAGGAGUACUUAGUGGAUUUCAAUAAGGCUCUGCCACUUUUUGAUGAGGAGAGGCUGGUCAGCAUGUACCGAAAUGUCUUUUCGCAAGACCCGAAGCUGGAUUGCCUUGACCUGAAAGCCGUAUAUGCGACGCUCGCCAUCGCCUAUCGGCUGCGUGCUAUGAGUCCACUCGCGUCCGACAAGGACGACCACAACGCGAAGUCUUUCAUUGAACAGACAUUUGUCGCAUUACCGCGAAUGCUUGUGGCAAGGCCCAGUCUGCCAUCUGCUCAAUACAUAACUGCCAUGGCUGUUGUUAUGCACGGCACGCGAGAUUCACAGGGAACAAGGAGUCUCUUGGCUGCUGCACUUCGCAUGUUGCUGGACUUGAGUUCGCGGAGUCUCAGCUAUGACGAGCACCAGGCUCAGCGCGUGUUCUGGAUCGCCUUCAUGAUGGAUACGGAUCUGGCCAUCCGCAACGGUCAGUGGUCGUCCAAUGUGUUCUUCCCACCAAACACCUACGAGCUCGCCUCUUCUUCUCUGGAUGCCGGUAUACUGCCGAUGGGUCGGCAGUCAUUCCCUUACUUUCGACACCGAGCGCAGCUCGCAAAGAUUCAAGCGCGGCUCUUGCGCCUCGUCGGAAUUGGACACGGCACCGCUGCCUCUUCACAUGCACUUCCCAACCAAAAGAUGUUGACAUCUCUCCAGUCGAUUGCUGCAGACUUGUCAGCCUGGCGGCUUCGGGAACCUCUCUUUCAGGCCUACCCGAAAGCAUAUCGCCAUAAGUUGCAUCGAUCCGACCUCGUUCAUCUAACGGUUCUUGAAGCAACAUUCUUCAGCACCUACUUCGCGCUACAAGGCGCUCUGCAAGGGAUUGGGCCAUUUCGAGGAAGCGUGAUGCUAUACCUGCAACAGUACUGCGAGCUUGAUAUGCGGGGUCACGUGGACGAUGCGGUGCGAUUGCUCAGCCUUUUCGACUACCUACCGCAUGGCGACUUUGCGUGUGUCUGGUUGGUCAUUGAUGCCAUCGUCAUUGCUGUGUAUGUCCUGUUAGGUGCGAGUCUACAUCACCCAUACCUUCUACAUCUGGAGGAUACCUCUCAGGCAAUUUCCGGUCCGUUGCAACUGCUUAGGCAUCUUGCGCAAAAGCAUUCACAGAAACGGCUUCUCGCCGCUUACAGAGAGCUCGAGCGGUUAAACCAAGUAAUUGGGGGUUGCCCUGAGACUUGA